AUUUUCCCACAAAGUUGCUUCAGAGAAUCAGUCGAAUGCUUUAGAGCAUGGAAUAAUAAAUAGUGAUUAAUAAAAAGAAUUUUUUAAUAAAUAAAUAAUAGGUCAGAACAUUAUUUUAGAGUGAUGUAGAUUAUAAUAUUUUAUUUUUUUAUUAUUUAGUAAAAGAUAAAAGAUAAAAAGAUAAAAUAAGGAAAAAGGAAGCGGGGGGAAUAACUGGUCACCGUCCCUUCUCUGCCUCGGAAGCCGAAAAGAUCAUCUGUCUCUGCCUCUUGCGCCCCCAGUAAUUCCCGUUUGGUUCAAGCUUAGUAGACAAGCAAUAUGAGAUCCGAUUCGGCAAAAACGGCACGUGGUUUGCGACUUUUGUGAUCUCUGCUAUUCUGCGGCACAAAGGAUUUUCCUGAAUAUAUUGAAUAGAAUAUAGGGAUAAUGGCUGAGGGGAUAUCAAGUUUUUGGGGUCCUGUCACAUCCACUAUUGAGGGUUGUGAGAAGAAUUAUGCCUACUCUUCUUAUAUUGCUGAAUUUUACAACACCAUAUCCAAUAUCCCAACCAUUCUUUUGGCCCUCUUCGGUCUUAUCAAUGCCUUAAGACAGCGAUUUGAGAAGAGAUUUACUGUUCUUCACAUAUCUAAUAUUAUACUUGCCAUUGGAAACAUGUUAUACCAUGCCACUUUGCAACGUGGGCAGCAGCAGAGCGAUGAAACUCCUAUGGUGUGGGAGAUACUACUUUAUAUGUACAUCCUCUACUCUCCAGAUUGGCACUACCGUAGCACGAUGCCGACGUUCCUCUUUCUUUAUGGUGCUUCUUUUGCUGUUGUUCAUGCAGUAGUCCGUCUUGGCAUUGGCUUCAAGGUGCAUUAUGUAAUAUUGUGCCUUCUGUGCAUUCCCCGAAUGUACAAGUAUUACAUUCACACACAAGAUGCUUCUGCUAAGCGGCUUGCAAGAUUAUAUGUGGCCACCCUUCUUCUAGCUAGCUUGUGUUGGCUCUGCGAUCGUGCAUUCUGCAAGGAGAUAUCUAGUUGGCCUGUCAAUCCACAAGGUCAUGCCGUGUGGCAUAUCUUCAUGGGUUUUAGUUCCUACUCGGCAAAUACGUUCUUAAUGUUUUGCCGUGCUCAGCAAAGGGAAUGGGCCCCAAAAGUUGUCUAUUUUAUGGGUUUUCUACCCUAUGUCAAGAUCGAAAAAUCAAAAACCCAGUGAAUGAAAUACAAAGGUACCGAAGUAUAGGCACUGUUGAGACGUUUUGGCAGUUGACAGAGGUAAGCACUAAACACAACUAGUUUUGUUUAUCACACUGUUAGGUGGCAGAACAUUUGCCAUAUUUAUAUGCCUUCUGUUGCCAAGUAUGAUAUCGGGAUGGCUUGUUUCUGGUGCUUGGAUUUGUUUUUUCGAUUUAGAAACGGUCUGUGGGAUUUGUUAUUUAACUCUUUGAGUGGAUCAUGAAUCUUGAAUUUUGUAGUCUUGUCUUUCGAUCAGACGACUAACCGUUCUUUUGAUGUAUAUAUAGUGCCUUUUCAAGCCAGUUUUUUUUU